GGGGGGGAAGGGAAACCGAGAUUGGAGGGAGAGAAACUAAGCUGUUAGCAAAGGGCCACAGGAAAGUCUUAACAGACCUACCAACCUACAAAGCCACUGAAAUAAAUCAUUGCAGUGACAGACUGCUCGAUAAAGACCAGGAGCAGACGCUUCUGAAGUUCAACCUGCUCUACAACCAUGUGUGCCCAGUGGGUAGUGUUUGCAAUAAUCCUAGUCCUCAGGAUGGAUAGACAGUAAGGGGACAAGAGGACUGUGGGCUCAUGUCAUGGAAGGGGUUGUUGCAGUCACAUUACACACAGAGGGCUUGAAGAGUUUUCCACAUGAAUGUAAACACACAGAGGUUAUAACCAAUGGCAACUCCAAAUGCACAACUAUCCAAAAUGGAUGGGUUCCAGCUAAUGGCAUAAAAGAAAAUGGCAACCUUUAUCUUAACCCUGUACCAAUCUCAGCACUAAAACAGAAUGGGCUGUUACAGUCUCUGGCAGCAGGAGGCAAUGAGCCUAAAACCGAAGAGGUAAGCUUAGAGGUGGAGCGAGCACAAGAGGAGUGGGAUGCUCUUGAGAGCAUCCAACCAGUUCUUGCUGAGGAUCAAGCACCAUCACCGCUGAUCUCCUUCAAUGAAGCUCUGCAGCAUUUUCAAACCACCGAUCUUGGAGAUCUUCUUAAGGGCAUUCAGCCCACCAUUCACAGGACUGGAUUGGCUGCAAUCUCCCAUUUCCUGUUCGGUCCUCCAAGACUACACAAAGACCUUGUAGAGGAAAGAGAUUUAGUGUUUGCCAUUGCACAAUGUUCUCUAGAUAAUGGACAGUCAGUGCACAUGCGUGUACUCCAGACCAUCUACAGGAAACUGACUUGUACCCGAGCAGACAGUCCCCGUUAUGGCCCACACUGGGAAAAUGUAGGAUUUCAAGGUUCAGACCCUGCCACUGAUCUAAGGGGAACUGGUUUUCUGGGCCUGAUGCAUACUCUUUAUUUUGUUAUGGAUCCAGAGAUACUACCACUUGCUAGAGACAUCUUCAAACUAUCUCAGCAUCAUGUCCAGAAUUUUCCAUUCAGUGUGAUGUCAAUCAACAUGACUCGAAUUGCCCUGCAUGCUCUCAGGGAGGAAGUUCUGUCCAAGGAGUGUAACCGAAGGCAGCAGGUCGUGGCAGUGCUGAAUGAUUUUUAUGUUGCAACAUUCCUCCACCUCUACCAACUGUGGAAAAGUCAGCGUAAAACUAUCUCUGACUCUGGCCAUGUACUCAAAGAAGUGGAGCUCUUCGCUAAGAAGAACCCCAAGCUGAUUCUGAAACGUCUAGAGGGCUACCUGAGGGAAAGACGUGCCGGGACAUCACCUGACACACUGUCACAGAGAAAUCCUUUACCUGGUGACACUGGGUCUCAAGCAAGAAGUCAGGGCGGGAAGGAGGGGAAAGAGAUGAAUUUCACUGGAGUUUGUGAGCUGCCACCUGAGAUGGAGGGUGAAGCAAGACUUAUCUGAGAGACAAAGAAGCAUUUGAUUAACUUUUUCUCUGAUUCUUAGUUUAUGUCCAUAAGUACCGUCUAAGACAAGUCUAUAUUGAAGCUGUCGUUUGCUGUCUUAUUUCUAAUAUAUUGCCAGCUCUCAAAAGGUUAGUUCACCCAAAAAUUAUAUGUUAUUAUUUACGUUCCAAACCCUCGAGACAUUUGUUCUUCUUCAGAAUAAAAAUUAAGAUAUUUUAGGUCAUGCUCUUAGGACGGCAACGGCCUCACUUGUUCAAUGUUCAGAAAGGUACUAAAAAACAUCCUCAAAACAGACCAUAUGCCUUCAGUGGUUCAAUCAGAAUGUUAUUAAGCUCCUAGAAUACUUUUGUGUGUACCUAAAAUAACAUCACAAAAAACUUUAUUCAACAGUUUUUUUUCUCGCACAUCUGACAGAUUAACUUCGAUGCGCAUCCAGGGCGUACACAUGCAGCAAAUUAGCCCAAUGUGAAAUAUAAAUAAGUAAUCAUAGUUGGUUAUAAUUCAUUAUAGUUUAGAUAAGCUGUAUGCUUUGACUUGAUGUCUCUGGGUCAAGUGUUUAUUUGUUCAAAGAAUGUUCAUUUACAGGUUAUAAUAAAUAACCUUCUUACAGUGCAAUAUUACUGAAAGCAUGUAGCAAAAAUCUGGCAUAAUUAGGACUCCAGUUAUGAGCAAACGACUUUAAGUUUGAUACAAGUAAGACUUUAUUAACUACACUGAAGAUUUUAACUAAUCUAGCAUACACACUCACACAUUCAGUGUGAGUUUGGUAUAGGAAGAGGCAGUAAAAAGUGAAGAAUUACAGCAUGAAGUUAUAGCAGUAUUUGAUAUUCAGCCAGAUCUACAGCCUGAAGUUUCAUAUUACUUAGAUAAUACUUAAGCUAUUUGUUGAAGAGACUGUUUGAAAGAGAGUUCUGAUGCAGUUCGUGCAGUUGAUCUUGAUGUUGAAGUUGAUGAAGGAGAACCAGUUUGAGUCCAAUUAGUCAUUGAAGAAUGAAAAGGCGAGGCCACGCUGGGCCUGGCUAAGUUUAGGUUGUGGUCAGAGAAGGCCGUUAGCUCAGCAUCUUCUCGUGCAACAUCUGGUAGAAACAGAAAAGCGGUAGGCGGCCUUUAUGUCCACCAGCUUUUAUAAUGAUUAUGAUAUCAGACCCUUAGGAGCUGAGAUGACCAAGGAGGGAAGUUUUAUAACUCCAGGCAAAGUGAUUUGCAUAAGCAUCAUGAUUUGGAACUCUUACAGGUUUUUAAAAUCUCAACAUAUGUUGCAUAAAUAUCAAAAUAUAAUGUAUACGAUCAUUCUUUAAAUUCAGUUAGCACCACAGGAAUAUGAAACUCUUAAGGGCCCUAUCAUACACCUGGCGCAAUAAGGUGCAAGAUGUGUUUGCCUGACAUGUUGCUAUUUUCCAACCAGAGCAACCUUAAUUUUACCAUUUUACGCCAUGUUGUUUAAAUAGCAAAUCCAUUUGUACCACUUAGUGCACUUAUGGGUGUUCCGGUCUAGAAAAGAGGUGUGUUAUGGCACAUUGUUGGCACGUUUAGAGGAACUAAAAUAGACUGUGCAAUAGACCAGCUGAAAGCAGGCCUAAAGUCCAGCGCAGAUCGCUUUAUUUGCUUUAUUCGCCUCGCUUACACAUUGCUUAAAACACACAGGAUGUACAGCAAUAGGCAAAUAUCUUUACAUAUGAAAAAGAAUAAAAGGAAUAAAAUAUUACAAAAAUUAUUACUUUCUACAUAAAUAGAAAAAUCACUGCCUUCAUGUCGGGGGGCUUUUUUCAGUUUAUUCACGACAACUUGCUUUUGUAUAAUGUUAUUAUUAGUAGUAGUAUUGUUUAUUAUAUGCGUAUUUAUUUUUGUUUUAUUAAAAACACGCUUAGAUUUGUCCACCUGUCAAGUUUUGGACCAUAUGUGGCAUAUGACGUGUUUGGAUAUAAAUUCAUUAUUAUUGCUCAUUUAUUCGUUUGCUGGAAAUUAGAACUGAAUUUAGAAAUAGUUUAGAAACAAAUUAUUGCCCUUAACAAACAAAAUUAUGUAGGCCAACGGAUGUUUGUGCGUACAACACCGUUUCCUUAUCCUUGAAAGAGAGAGAGAGAAAAGGCAGAUUAGAGGAUGCUCAUUCUUUAUCCCUGCUGCAGAUGAUCUGUUUAACUGUUUUCUCACUAGUGAAGUGUUUAGUUUUUCCACUUAGAAAGUCCGCCAUGUAUAUAGCAAAUGCGCCAUGGCGCGAAGCAACUGACUUUUAAAGGGUUUGGGAGAAAAGAGUCUGAUUGGUUUAUUCUCAAAACACACCCAUAACUCAUUAAGAGAACAACCCUGUUAGACAAUGUGCCAUGGCGCAGAGCGUAUUUUUCUGUCCUUAAAAUAGCAAAAGUGGAUUCGGACAUACCGUUAAUGCUUUUGCCCCAUGCGCUUUAGAUUUUGCACCUAGAUCAUUAAAAUAGAGCCCUAUGUCAGUGUUAUUGUUUAACAGUAGUUUAAAAACUUUAUUCCAAGUUUUACUGCACAAGCAAAAGACUAUCAAUGAACACUUUAUUACAAAAAGAGAGUACAUAUGCAUGAUCGCAUGAAUCAUAGCUGUUUAUAUAAAAGGGGCAAAAUGUUUGAGACAAGCUAUGGGGAUGGAGAGAAAUUUCUAUUGGGGUCAUAUAUACCUUGGUGUUGGGUUACACACUAACUAUUGCUUUUUGCUGGACAGUCACAGGAGAGGGUGUUUGUGUGUUAUUUGUUAAAUAUAACAAGUUAUUGUGCCUGAAGAGUCUCGUGUGGUACACACAUUGGUUCACCGUGCACAUGAAAGCGCGCAAUAUACUGACAAAAGAAACUGUUAAAUAGAUUUGUUAUUUUUGUACAUAUUAUUUUCAUAUCUUAAAAUUACACAGAUCCCAGGGUGUUGGAACAACAUGAGGGUGACUAAUUAAUAACUUAAUUUUCUUUCUUGGCUGAACUAAUCUUUUAAAUGCUUUCUGUGACCAAGACCAGUAGAUGUAGUUGCCAACCAUCAGUUUCAAAGGAGAAUCUUGGAAAUCUCCUCAAUGAUAGCAGACUGUCUUGAACCUGUCAGAAAGAAAGAAUCAUCAGUGUGCAGAUGCGGAGAGUGCUGCUUAAGCAAACCAGUCCCUCAACCACGACUGUGGUUUUGCAUCAGAAUGAUAGUUUUUGUGCAGUGGCCUUACUGUUUGAGAAUGUAUUUGAUUUGGAUUAGUUAAGUGAAAGACUUCUGAUCCCUAGUGAUUUGAACAAGUUCACAAAAGUGUUCAUAAUUGACUGUUUAGUCUUUACUGUUGAAAAAUUGACUGAGAGUAAAUGUUUUUAAAUGUUAUACCUUUAAAUGUAAUAUUAUUCAGAAAUAUGUUCCCUUUUGUAAGGAAAUGUUCAACUAGAGACAGAAUUAUAAAGCACAUGUUUAAUGGGAAAGUGCAUGUUAGUUUUAUCUGGAGACAGGAGACCUGGAGACUUUUUUUUCUGAACUGAUUGACCACAGAAUCUGCCUUAUUCGAUAAGUUCAGUUUGAACUUUGAAUCAAGUUAGGGCGGUAUUCAAGUUGAAUGUAAUGAGUGGAGAUUUGUCUGCUUUAAGCCUAAAGUCUACUGUGGCUGAUGUCUUUCUGCGACAGUCUGCAUUGUCCACUUGACAAUUUGUUUUGUCAUCAGGGAGUUCAUUUUUGCAUACACUGUGUCAAACUCAUUCGUUGACGCUUAUCCAGUUCAGUAUAUUGUGAAAGCUUUGUGGACUGCACGAUGGGGUGGAACAGAGAAAACCAAGUAUACUACAAAGCUCCUCUAAUGAUAACAGGUACAUUCCAGUUUAAAAUGGUCAAAAUAGCUCCCAAAUCACUUUAAAAAUUUGAAACGUAUAAACAAGGCAAAAAACUGGCAGCACGGUGGCUCAGUGAUUAGCACUGUUGCCUCACAGCAAGAAGGUUGCUGGUUUGAUUCCUGGCUGGGCCAGUUGGCAUUUUUACGUGGAGUUUUGCAUGCUCUCCCCAUGUACAUGUGGGUUUCCUCCAGGUGCUCUGGUUUCUCCCACAGUCCAAAAACAUGCGGUGUAGGUGAAAUGGAUUAACUAAAUUGGCUGUAGUGUGUGUGUGUCUGAAUGUUAGAGUGUAUGGGUGUUUCCCAUUUCUGGGUUGCGACUGGAAGGGCAUCUGCUGCGUAAAACAUAUGCUAGAAUAGUUGGUGGUUCAUUCCGCUGUGGUGACCCCAGAUUAAUAAAGGACUAAGCCAAAAGAAAAAUGAAUAAAUGAAAGAAACAAGGCAAAAAAAAAAAAAAACAGUUACGUGUGUCUGUUAGACAGGACUUGCCUUUAGCCAGGAAACUGCUGAUUAUUUAAGUUGUAUGUUAUACAUAAGCCAACUAUUAUUUACUUAAGGGUUGCAUGCAAUGUUGAAAUCUUCAGUAGCAAGAAGUGAAUCAUGGUAGUGAAAAUACAUCAAUCAAACCUGUUAAUUAGCUUAGUAAACCGUGAAAGUGGUUCACUGAGGUAGAACCAUUUAUUUACUGUUGCGCCACAUCAGGCAGAAAACACAGUAGCUGCUCAUUUUAUGCAUUGUCUCUUUUAGCACAGGUCCAAUAAAGAUGUGUGGGAUGCAACAGUAAUGGAAAAAAUGACUAUUUGUUGGGGAAUAGGAAACUCCUUUUGCAACGUAAUUUUGCACUUGUCUUAUUAGCAUGUCAGGAAGUGCUAGCGAUGUAACGUCCCGCUGUUUUAACUCUUUGUUAGAGCUUGUUAAUACGUUCUGUAAGAUUGCAUAUGUUUGUCUAUGUUACCUAGUUUAAAGUGUUGUACGAUACAAGUAUAGUUUCAGGUUUCAUUUUAUGCUCUUAUUAUAUUCUUUUUUUUUUUUUUUUUUUUAAAGGAUAUACGAAUCUUAAUACUCAGUGGAUGUAUAUUAGACGUGUCACUUUACCAGUCAGUUGAAUUUUAUAUAAAGCAGAGUAGUAUUUUAUAAACUUAAAGAACAAAGUGAGAUGGAGAAAGAAUGUUCAUAUGCAGAGGCAAAUCAUCCUUUCCUUGAUUUAUUUAUUUAUUUUUACUCCUACAAGAGUCUUGCUUGUUCAAAGUUCAUGAACAAUCAAACUUCAAGUAAAAAAUCAAGCAAUCAUUCCUAACCCUGAUAAUGAUGUGAGUCUGGUUUGGUUGUCUUGUUUUCGUUUGUUUUAAUGAAAGGGUGGUCUGUUACCUUUUAAUAUGUAAAUAUAGAGCAAAAUUUUGAUUGUAACAGGACAUAUUAUGCAUACCUCAGGCUUCAGACAGAUAUCUACUGUAUAGACAAUUUAUUGAGGACAGCCAUGUUCCCGUGUUGUAGAACAAAAUGGUUUUGUGUCUCUUACAGUAAUCAACCUAGCUUGGGAAUGUACAGUACUGAAUGCAUUUGUAUGUGAACUAAUGUAGCACUGCUAUAUAUUUCUAUUGGCCAAACUUGUGAAAAUUGUAGUCUUAUAUGCUGAAACACAACCAAACUUUUGCUGGAGGAUGUUUUUAACAAUCAAGGCAGAUUGAUGUUAAAACAAAUCAGAGAAUUUGUGGCCUUUGAUAUU